AUGCAUAAGCUUCGAGAAAAGUAUAUUAUUCCGCCAGAGAUUAGACAGCAUUUAGAUUCAAUUAAUCAGUUGAAGCAAGUUAUUGAAAAGACAGAGAUGAAGUCAUGGGAGAAAUUGGCUCAAGCAGCAAAUCCACGACCAAUUGAAGGUGACAUUUCCAUGAGGUCAAAAAAAACCGAUCAAAUGUCAGGCCUUUCUUAUAGAUCUCAAAACAUUCAUAACAAUGAAGCCGAACAGAUUGAUGAAGAGACUGAUUCAGAAUAUGAAGAAGAAGAAGAUAUUAUUGAAAAUGACAUAAAUUUUCAAUUAGCGACAUUGCCAAAUCACAAGACAUAA